AUGGCAUACCAGAUUCCUGAUUUUGGCGAUCGCCAAUAUAAUCUUGGCCCGUCUGCUCGCGUGCCCCAGCCGAGAGGAGGAUCUACAGAGUCCCCAAGCGGUAAUGCGGAUCGCGGUCGUGUUCAGCAUUCGACUUCACCUGCCCCUGAGCGCCCACCACCCGUGCCACCCAAACCAGGUCAAACAAGGCACAAUCGUUCCAUGAGCCAUCCAUUUCAUCCAAUGCCCAACGCCGCUGAUGGUCCAUCCUCAUCAUAUCUUGGGCAGGCCAACCUUCCGGAUGAGCGCCGAGAUGGUCGGACAAUGGUCCGGCAAAUGGACAGCGGGUCAAGAAAAGUUGGUGGUGGCAGCGGCAGGAAUUUCGCAACUGGAAAUUGCAUGACGUGCGGCGGCCUUGUUCGCUGGCCUAGCAACCUCGCUGCCUUCAAAUGCACGACGUGCGCCACUGUCAACGACCUAGAAUCUGCUGACGACUAUGACCCUACUGGGGCUAGCCGAAGAGAUGGAUCUGCUUCUGGAGGCAUUCAGAAGAACACCGACUUUGGACAAGGACAUGUGCAGCCUAUUUCGUUGCUACACACAAAAAAUAUUGCCCAGAGCAACAACAAAUCCGAAGAAAGCCAGUGCCGUCGAGAGAGCCAAUACCGAGAGAGCCAGUACCGAGAGAGCCAGCACCGAGAGAGCCAGCACCUUCGAAAGAAACACGUCUAG